AUGGAGGAGAAGCGAGAUUUGUGUUUGCUGAUACUGACAAACAUGUAUAUUAAAUCUGAUUUCAUAAAACCGUGUAAAGACGUUGUUGGCUCAUCAGUUUUUCAAAAUAGCCUAAAUUGCAUGACCUCAUUUAAUAAAUUUGACGAGGAGUUUGACAAGAUACUUCUACACAUUACUAGGAAAAUAGAGGACCAGUGUUUGUAUGAACUAUUCUAUCAUAGUUCAGGAUCCCACUACCUGAGGACUUUAAUUCUGUCCCUUUCCAAUGUCCAUGAUAGGAAUCAGUACUUCUCAAAAAAUAAUAGUUUUGAUGAUUUAAAGAUUGGAUUUGAGGUUCCUGAAUGGAGAAGGAAACUUUUGUUUAACUGGGCCGAGAUUCUUUUUAAAGAUUUUAAAAAUUUACUACAAAAUACUCAAGCAUCAUACACAUUUUGUUUACUUAUUAAUGUACUUAAAAUUACUAAUCAAUUAGACAAGAAAUUUUUGAUGGAGAUAAUUAAGGAAUGUAUACCAGUGGUAAAAAAUGUAAAAAACUCUAGUUACAUACUUGAAACCUGUCUUAAGUGUUCAAGUAACUAUGAAUACACAUAUAUUUUCAAUGAACUUAUCUCAAAUGACUUACAAAAUUUGUGUGUAAACAACUUUGCGAACUACGUUGUCCAGGCGUUCAUUGAAAAUCCACACUUCCAAUCCUCACAUCUACAAUACAUGAUUCAAAAUUUGAAUUUUGUUGUAUUGGCGAAUAGUAAAAGCUCGAGCAUAUUGUGGAAGUUGUGUAAGUCAUGUAUUGACUUGUACUCAUGCCAAGAGUUGUUUUAUAGGAAAGUAUUUAAUGAUUUUAAAAUUGAAAAGAAUGAGGAAAUAUGGUUUGGAAUUUUAUCGGCUGGAAAAACAAGGGAAGAAAUUUUUAUAAAAGCGUCUGGAUGCUCCAUAUUAGGGUACCUUGUCAAGUUCCAAAAAUCGAUAAUUUCUGAUUUAAUUUCAUCAUUUAAGCAGUUUUUUAAGCAUGUAAUUGAUACUGGGAAGUUUGUUGAAGUUACCUGUGACAAACAUUUUUCCAGAGUACUUCAAAACAUGUUCGAUGUCAGGCUAGGCCUAGUUCCAGAAAAGUUCUUAAAGUCACUUCUGGGCACUUUUUUGACAAACUCACUCAAGUUGUCAGUGGACAUGAACGGCUGUUUUGUUUUAUAUAAUUACUUCCUCACACUAAAGCCCGAGGAUAAAUUUAAGGUUUUGACUAAAAUUGUCCAAGACUAUGAUGAAAUUAAACUCAAGUCGCCAAAAUACGCAAAACUUAUGAAUCUUUCGGAAUUCAAAUCCAACCCCAAACUCUUCCAAAAGAAAAUGGAAAAAUCCGAAUCUGUCCGAGAACUCUUUAAAGAUAUCGUUAAAACUCACUAA